AUGAAUCAGGUUAUCUCUGCGGUGAUUGCGAAUGGUAACAAUAUUUCUUUUUGGUUAGAUAGAUGGGUAGAUCCUCUACCGUUUUAUUUACAGUUUCCAGAUUUAUUUAAAGUUGAAAGGGACAAGGAGUGUAUGGUUACUGACCGAAUUAGUGCUGGGGAUGAUGGUAUUGUCUUUAAUUGGGCCUGGACCAAGCCUGAUCUUGGUUUGGAGGAGUUAAAUCAGGUCCAGCACCUCAUCGGUUUGAUCGGUGGUUUGGCUUUAACCUCGGGUAUAGAUGGAUGGUGCUGGAAGUAUGACCCGAGUGGUAAUUUUAGUGUGGCCAGCAUUAAAAGAAUUUUGAGUUCUACAAAUCGUAUUAGCCCGGAAAGAGUUUUUGAGUGGAAUAAUUGGGUAUCAAAAAAAGUUGGCAUGGUUGCUUGGAGGGCAAAAAUGGAAAGGAUGCCAACCAAACAUGCUCUAGCAAUUCGGAAUGUGCCGGUUCUUGAUCAUCUGUGUGUACUUUGCGGCGACUAUGUAGAGACAUGUGAUCAUAUAUUCGUGUCGUGUCAUUUUGCACAAAUAGUUUGGCUGAACAUAGCGGCUUGGUGUAAGUUACCGCCUAUAAUUGCUUUCGGUAUAAACGACCUACUGACGUUACACGGGGUUAGCUCAGGAUCGAGGAAAAAAAGGAAAGCAUUACAUGCCGUCGUCUUGGUAACGUUCUGGUGUAUAUGGAAAAUGAGGAAUGAUGUCGUUUUUAGACAAAGUUCCCCAAACGCUAUGAAGAUGUUAGACAAGAUUAAAUCAAUGGCGUACCUUUGGGUAAAUCAUAGGUCAAAAGAGGCGGCACUAACAUGGGAAGAUUGGAGUAGGUUUAACUUUGGCGGCUAG